AUGAAAAAUUUUAUAAAUAAUGAACAAUCUGAUGAUGAAUUUAAAGAAUUUAAUAAUAAAGAAUUUGAUUCUAAUCAAAUUUCAAUUUAUCAAGCAACAAGUAUUGCUAAAAGUACUGGUGUAACAGAAGCAUUUGAAAAUUUAUUAGUUAGAUCUGCCUCAAGUAUAAGUACAGAAUCUAAUAUUAAGAAAAAAAAAACAGAAAUUGAAGUUAGUAAAGAAAUAGUUGCAGUUAAAAAAAGAAGAACAGAAGUUGAAUAUAAUGAAGAAAUAUUUGAAAUUGAUAAUGAAAUUGAAGAUUAUGAAAGAAAACAAAAAAGACUCACAGGAAAAAAUGAAUUAACUGCAGAUAAAUAUCGAGUAAUUAUUACCAAAGCAUUAAUAGAUAUUGAAAAAUAUUUAUCAUAUUAUGAAAAACAUUUAACUGAUUAUUCAUUUCCUGUACCUGAUUAUAGUUUGGUUGAAGAUGCUGAAGAAUAUAGUAUAUAG